AUGUCGAAUGAAUUCUCUAUCCAGCCUAUUGGGCGCUUUUAUGGCGCCAGUCAGCCAGUCAAACGGCCAAAAGAGUUUGCAUGUUUUUCGUAUGAUGAUAAACACGAAUUCCACCUGGGCGACUCGUCACUGAGAUACUACUACACGCCGCCCUUAGGAGUCGACCUCUCAGAUGGCUACGACAGCUUCAUCAAGCAUGACGAUUCUAAGGCCGAACAUCUCGGCAGUCUACUCAAGACCAUCAAGGCUCACGAAGAAGAGACGGGGCAGAAGAUUGACGCUCAGAUCGUCACAUGGCGUGGUAUGAUGACCAAGAUCAUGGCAUCGCCUUUCGAAGACCGAGACGGCUUCAUCGAAGAGAACCACGAAUACAAAGUUGCCUCCCAAGCAAAGCAAAACGCCCAACAGCGCCGCGGCCCCAUCCCGCCCGAGGUGAUGCAGUUCUGGGGCUACAAGUUCGAGACCCUCGCGACCCUCCCGGCGCCCUGGGGCGACACCCCUCGCGCCUACAUCGAGAACCGCCCGCGCGAGGUCGUCAACAACAACGCGCAGUACUGCUCCGUCGUGCGCACCGGCAUCGGCGCCACGACCAUCUGCAUCGGCGGCGAGGUCGACGCCGUCUGGGACUCCAAGCCCGCCAAGCAGGGCGCCCCCACGAACUGGGUCGAGCUCAAGACCAGCCUCGCCAUCCGCGACGAGCGCGACGUGGAUAACUUCCACCGCAAGCUGAUGAAGUUCUGGAUCCAGAGUUUUCUUUUGGGCGUGCCCAAGAUCAUUGUCGGGUUUCGCAGCCGCGACGGCAUGUUGACCAGCGUCGAUGAGAUUGAAACGGAGAAGAUCCCGGAUACUGUCCAGAGACGCGGACGGGCGAAUUGGAACGGGGAUAUGUGUGUCAACUUUGCGGCCGAGUUCCUCGUUUGGCUUCGUCAGACUGUCAACGAUGACGGGGUCUGGAGGAUACGCAGGCGGCCCGGAAGCCCUAUGAUAGAGGUGUUUAGGAUCGAGGAGGCCGGGCACGGAGAGAUUCUGACAGACGAGUUCAUCAACUGGAGAAUCAAGCUCUCCAUGAAGAGCACCGCCCCGGAACCAGAACCAGAGGAUGAAUCACAGCCGGAACCAGAGUCAUAG